AUGGCCAACGCACUCAGAAAUAUCAUCGUUGUUGGAGGGUCCUUCGUGGGAAAGGCUACUGCUUCGGAACUGGCGAAUGUCGUCCCGAAUACGCAUAGGGUUCUCUUGGUAGAACCGCAUAGCCACUUCCACCAUCUCUUCACUUUCCCACGAUUCGCUAUUGUCCCUGGCCAUGAACACAAAGCAUUCAUCCCAUACACCGGGCUCUUUUCUCCCAACCCGAAAGAUUCUCCAUCGCGCCAUUCUGUCAUCCAAGCACGUGCUCUAUCAGUCCAACCGCAUCAUCUCCAGCUAGACCGCGAAUGGCAGGGGUCAAACCAGAUUCCAUUUGAAUACCUUGUCGUCGCAACAGGCACGCGCCUUGCGCAGCCUGCGGGGAUGAAGCAUGAUGAUAAGCUAUCCUCCGUGUCGUAUCUGCAGAAACACCAAGCAGAUGUCAAGCGCUCCAAGUCCAUCGUCAUUGUUGGCGGCGGAGCUGUUGGCGUCCAAAUGGCGACUGAUCUGAAGGAGUAUUAUCCCGACAAGGAGAUUACAGUCGUGCAGUCUCGGCCAAAGCUCAUGCCCCAAUUCCAUGAAAAGCUGCACGAGAUCAUCAAGGCUCGUUUCGAUGAGCUUGGUAUCAACCUUGUCACUGGCUCGCGCACCGUCAUUCCCCCAACCGGCUUCCCCAACACAGGCACACCAUUUAAGGUCCAACUAACCAACGGCACUGAACUCACAACCGACUUUGUCAUCAUGGCCACCGGCCAAACACCCAACAACCAGCUCGUCAAGGACUUACCACCCUCAGCAGCCACGUCUAUCACGAACCCCGACAACGGAUUCAUCCGCAUCAGACCCACAAUGCAAUUCCAAGACCCGAAUUACUCGCAUUUGUUUGCGGUGGGUGAUAUUGCUGAUACCGGGGUGCGAAAGGCUGCAAGGCCGGGUGCUGCGCAGGCUGGUGUUGUGGCGAGGAACAUCCAGACGUUGAUUGAGGGGAGGACGCCUGAGGAGGCAUUUGAGAGGGCCCCGGGGGCUAUUCAUAUUACAUUGGGAUUGAAACAUAACAUUGUUUUCCGGAACCCAAAUGUAGCGGAGGGUCAGACUGAACCAACUAUCAUUCAGAAGCCUGAGGGACAAGAGGAUAUGAACGUGGAGGGAAUGUGGCAACGGUUGGGUGUUGCGAUUGAGAGCCAGCACCAGUACCAUCUGUAA